ACCGCAGUGAGAGACACAUGGGGUGUGGCUUUUACAGGAAACUGAAACUGUCAGAUCAAUAUAAUGCCAAGUCACAGGCUGGCAGAGCAAAGCCAGAAAGUGAACCAUGGCGUCUGCUUCCUACUCCGAAGAUCUGACUUGUCCUAUUUGUCUGACUAUCUUCACUGAUCCAGUGAAUCUUCCCUGCGCACACUCUUUCUGCAGAGGAUGUAUUACAGAUGCACUGAGUUCACAGCAGCAGUGUCCACAGUGUCGGACAGCUGUUCCAACAGAAAUAAAAAGUCUUCCAACCAGCCAUAUUUUAAAAAGACUGGCUGAAAAGGCAAAAGAAGCAGAGAAGAUAAAGACAGAGCCUGCGAAGGAGAAAGCAGGGGUGUGUGAGUUGUGCCCUGAGCAUGAAGAAAAGCUGAAACUCUUUUGUGUCACAGAUCAGCAGUUGGCUUGUAUCAUAUGCCGAGAUGGGGAGAGACAUGAAGGACACAAGUUUAAACCAAUCAAAGAAGCAGCUGCAUCUGUGAGACAGGAGUUGGAGAAGGGGAUGGAGAACCUUCGUGGUGAUAUCCCUGCUAUGGAGAGCGUAGCCAACACACAGAGGGAAGAAAUAAGAAAAACCAAAGCAAAGUCUGAGCAGCUGAUGACCCAAAUCCACAGACAGUUUGAGGAGAUGCACCAGUUUCUGAGAAAGAGAGAAGAUGAGAUAAAGAAUGAGCUGAAAUUCAAAGAGCAAGAUGAUGUUGAGAAAAUGAGCAAGAGCUUGAAGGUUAUAGAAACAGCAUUGUCUGAGCGCAGAGAGCUGGAAGCAAAGGUAACAUCAGUUGUGAAAAUUGAGGACUCAGAGAGGCUGUUAAAGAGCUGGACUGAAGGGAAGAGCAGGACAACUGCAGAAGAUUUAAUCAAGCCCAAGGCAAAUGAUCUCCAAGUGGUGGAUAGCUCUCUCUCUCUGGGGCCUUAUGAAAGCCACCUGCAGUUCUUUAUGUGGAAGGAGAUGCUUCAAGUGAUCCAGCCCCGAGCAGAGCUGCUCUCACUCAAAAGCAACAGUGCAGAUAUAGCUGUGUCUGAAGAUGGGCGGAGUUUGUUCUGUACACCCAAAAGCAACCAAGCUUCAUUAGGUUCCUUCUCUACUUUUGGCUCAGCCACAAGCCAAGCCAGAGCCUCUGCUUUUGCUGAUUUCUAUGGAACACCCAAAACCCCUGAUUAUCCUUCCUUCUCUGGAUUUGGCCAAACCACAGCCCCUGUUUUUGGCUCCACCACAGGAUUUGGCCAAACCAUGACCCCUCCUUCUUUUGACAACAACUGUGUCAUCCACACAAAUCCCAAGUUCACUUCAGGGCAGCAUUAUUGGGAAGUAGAAGUUGGACACAGGGACUAUUGGGAACUGGGGAUAAAAGAUAAUUUCCUGAAAUAUGAUGGCCAACAAUAUUCCAUCUGUGGUCCAAAUAUAAUCACAGAGCUAGGCUGUGAAGACAGACCACGAAAGAUUGGGGUUUACCUAAACUGUGCAUUGGAAAAGCUCUCCUUCUAUGAUGCAGACAACAUGAAGCACAUUCACACUGUGAGCUCAAGCCUCAUGUCCAUGCCACUGUCAGCAUAUUUUAACAUUAGAGUCACAUCACCUGAUCGUAACCCUCUGACAGUGUGCUGGUACUGAAGUCAAGAUCAGUAUCAUAGCAAGUACCAGUUGUGUUUUCAGCGUUUUCAGGAGUAGAAAAUAUCCAAAAAUUAGCAUCUUCCAAGCUGGAUAUAAGAGGAGAUAAACAGAGUGAAACAUCAACAACAACUUCUACUUACGUGAUCUUUUGCAGUGUAUCAAGUAUAUGUGUAGGUCUGUCUUCCUAUCAUUUCUAGUAUUGCUUAUGCAGGCUACAUUAUAGCCAGAAUAAAUGUUGGCAUUGUGCAUUUCUGCAAACCAUGGAUAUGUAACAUUUGUACGUUACUAUAUAGCAGACAUAUUGAAACUUAACGUUUUUACGUUCUAGCAAUGCUGUGGUUAACAUGUGGUUAUGUUUAGGCACAAAAGCGUUUUGGUUAUGAUUAGUAAAAGAUCUUGUUUUGAAUUAAAGUACUUACUUGGCACAAUCGCUUCUAAAAGUACUUCUGGAUAUAUUGACUAUUGAGUGCAAAUAUUUUUUCUCAGGCCCUUGCCUUGUCCCAAACACAAAUACAUGGACACACACCAGGGCAUGUGAGCAGAGUGCAUACGAGCUGCAGCACUGGGUCUGACCAGCAGCAGAUUGUUUGCUGAUGGUGGUUUGGGGCAGUCUGGGAUCAGAAUAUGUAUUAUUUUGUAUUGUAUUACUGGAUUUCAUCUUCUUCCUCUUCUUUUUUCACAGCAGUGCUAAAUAUUGAGAAAUGUGAGAUUCCAAUUGUGGAUAAAAAUGUGAAUAAAAGAUACUUCAAAGACAACAGAGAUA